CUUUUUUUUUCCCUUUUUUUUUAUUUUGAUUUACUAAACAUUUGUUUGUAUGGUGGCCCACUCUUUCAUUUUAUCAUUACCACCAGCUCCAAGUGAAAAGUCCUAUAAAUUAGCUAUUCGGGCAAAUGACUUUUUUGAGCGUGAACUCUUUGAUGAUGCUAUAAUUGAAUAUACUAAAAUAUUACGAUUGUCUGAAGAUAGUUAUCAGGAUGAUGACAAAGAGUAUUUCGCGUUAAUUUAUUCUAAUAGAAGUGCAUGUUAUAUAAAAACAGGUGAAUACGAAAGAGCUAAACAAGAUGCAAUAAAAGUCAUCAAUUUGACUCAUCUUUGGUCAAAGGGUUAUUUUCGAUAUGGGGAAGCCCUCUUAAACUUGUCAUUUUAUGAUGAAGCUAUCGAGGCUUUUAAAAAAGCUAUUCAUAAAGAGCAAGACAUGAAAAAUGCAAAAGAAAUAUCACACUUUGUUGCAAGGGCUUUCAUUGAAAAAGACAAUUUUCUAAUGGGAAUCAAGAUUAUUCAACUCAUGCCUGGUCGUGAUGUUGCCAUCAAAAAAAAGGUGAUGAACCCUAUUCAAAUAAAAUUAUAUGAUUUAGCAGCACAUAUGAAGAAUAUAAUACAUAUUAUUGUCGAUUUGGAUAGUAAAAAGUGUAUUGUGAUAGAUCCUUGUUGGGACAUUGAUAGUAUAAUCAAGUUUGUUAAUGAACAAGGCUACAUAAUUGUCGCUAUUAUCGUUACGCACCACCAUUUUGACCAUAUUGGUGGAAGUCCACCAGCACCUUAUGAUACUUUACCUAUCAAGAUUUCAGGCUUAUCUACACUUUUAAAAAGGAUACCUUAUAUCAAAGCUUAUAUUCACCCUUUAGAGAUACCUUUUAUUAAAGAUAUACCAUCUAAUCGUUUAGUACCUACAACAACGACAGAUAUUACUAAUACAUUAACAAUUGGAAAAAUUCAUGUUGAAUUCCUACAUACUCCAGGUCAUACACCCGGUUCUCAGUCAUUACUAAUCAAUAAAUCAAGACUUAUCGCGGGUGAUACACUUUUAUGUCAUGGUCAUUGUGGUAGAACCGAUUUACCAGGUGGUAGCAGAAAGGCUAUGAAAAAUACAUUAAGACAUAUCUUAGGUAAUUUAGAUGAUCGAAUCAUUAUUUAUCCAGGCCAUAAUUAUGGAACGACUUGGUCGACUAUUGGAAUUGAAAGAGAUAAUGGUUGUCUAGGAGAUGAAUUAGUCGGGUUUGGUAUGCUUGUCUAAUUUUUCUUUUAUUUUUUUUAUUUUUAUUUUUUUUUUUAUUUUUUUUUAUUCGUCGUUAUAAUAAAAGCC